CUUUUGACGAAAACACCCUUUUGCUUUCUCUCUUUCCUUUGCAUGUUGUGAUUGUUUUGCUUCACAACAUGGGCGUUUUCGUAAUCUCGGUUCUUGUGGUGCAUCUCCUAGUUUUUUCCGUCUGCGUUCAAGGCGUUUACCGUCGUGGUGGCCACCAUCCCGGCGGCCACAUGGGACCUUGGAUCAACGCUCAUGCCACAUUUUACGGCGGCGGUGAUGCUUCCGGCACUAUGGGUGGAGCAUGCGGGUACGGGAAUCUGUACAGUACAGGUUACGGACUGGAGACGGCGGCAUUGAGCACAGCUUUAUUCGACCAAGGACUUAGUUGUGGCGCAUGUUUUGAGUUGAUGUGUGUCAACGAUCCUCAAUGGUGCAUAAAAGGCCGAUCCAUUGUGGUCACUGCCACUAACUUUUGUCCUCCUGGUGGUGCAUGUGACCCUCCCAACCACCAUUUCGAUCUUUCUCAGCCUAUCUACGAGAAAAUUGCUCUGUACAAAUCCGGUAUCAUUCCGGUUAUGUACAGAAGGGUUCGGUGCAAGAGAAGUGGCGGGAUAAGGUUCACGAUCAAUGGCCACUCAUACUUUAACUUAGUGUUGGUCACAAACGUGGGUGGAGCCGGGGACGUACACUCGGUGUCAAUGAAAGGGUCGAGGACAAAAUGGCAAUUAAUGUCAAGAAAUUGGGGGCAAAAUUGGCAAAGCAACUCUUAUCUCAAUGGUCAAAGUCUGUCGUUUGUUGUUACCACAAGUGAUCGUCGAAGUGUCGUCUCGUUUAAUGUUGCACCUCCCACUUGGUCCUUUGGCCAGACCUACACCGGAGGACAGUUUCGAGGAACAUUUAAUGGGUUUGGAGAAAACAAUGUAGUGUCUGAAGAGUUCUGUAAUAAAAGAAGGAUGCAAAAGAAGAGUGAUGACUUGGAGAAGAAGAAUAAGAAGAAGAAACAGAGUGGUUCUAGGGUUUGUAGUAGAGGACAUUGGAGGAUUUCUGAAGAUUCUCAGCUUAUGGAGCUUGUUUCGGUUUACGGUCCUCAAAACUGGAACCACAUUGCAGAGAAUAUGCAAGGAAGAACAGGCAAGAGUUGCAGAUUGAGGUGGUUUAACCAGUUAGAUCCGAGGAUUAACAAGAGAGCUUUCAGUGAUGAAGAAGAAGAGAGACUACUUGCAGCUCAUAGAGCUUUUGGUAACAAAUGGGCUAUGAUUGCUAAGCUUUUCAAUGGAAGAACAGAUAAUGCUUUAAAGAAUCACUGGCAUGUCCUCAUGGCAAGAAAGAUGAGACAGCAAUCAACUUCUUACGUCCAAAGAUUCAAUGGGUCUGCUCAUAAACCAAACACAGAUCAGAAAAUCUUCAAUCUUUCUCCUGGUAAUGUAGAUGAUGAUGAAGAUAUGGAUCUGAAAAAGUGCAGCUGGAAAAUGCUAAAAGAGGGAACUACUAACCUGAAAGCUCAGUAUCUCCAAGAAGAAUAUUGUUCUUCGCGCAUGCCGAUGCAGGGUCCACAUCAUCCCUACUCAACCUUCCCUGCAGAUUCCUUGGCACUGACACUGCAUGUCUCCAUCCAGGAACCAUCAUCAUCAUCAUCAUCAUCUUCGUCAUUAUCACUGCCAUCAUCAUCAAUAGCACAACAUACAAUGGUGACCAGAUAUUUUGAGACCAUUAAACCUCCAGCAUUUAUAGAUUUUCUAGGAGUUGGUCACUAAAGCUCCAACAUGUAGAGUGGGAACUAAUCAAGAAAUUGAUUACUCCUGU